AGUAGAAACCUGUACUACCCCAAUUUCUACUUUAUGAUUGUGAAUAUUACAGAAUAUUAAAGUAGUCUAGUUUGGCAUUUGGAUAUUUGCAUUGUGCCAUAUUUGCUCUGAUUCGCUUCAUUUCAUCGUUAGAAAAAUUGAUAAUUGUUAAUAUCUAAAUUUCUCAUUGUUAGAUACAUAAAUGAAUUUAAAUUUGUAUAGUUUACUAAAUUUUUGCAAGUUUAUGAAUUAGCGAUAAAACCGAAAUGCAUCCCAACUCUGUAAAUUCAGUUAAUCCACUGGCUUUAAUAGCGUUUUUUAUCAGUGCUACGUUUUGUAACUCGAUAUCCACCUAUGACAAGGAUGUGACACUCACGCUAAAGGAGAAAGCGCUUUUGGACGAGUUUGCAGCGUUAGUUUCGCACAAGAUGCCACACAGUUACAUGAAGGAGGAAAUGUAUCUUGUAAGGUGGCUGAGAGCUCGAGAUUACAAUAUACCCGAAGCGGCCAAUUUUUUGCUUCAGAACAUUCAAUGGAGAAAGGAGCACAAUAUGGAUGGAAUUUUCGACGAGGAUUGGUCCGACAUGGCGAGAGACUACAAGUACCACAUCGAAAGCAGGGAUCGAGCUGGGCAGCCACUUGCGUACCUUUCUGUGGAUGAGAUUGAUAUUCGUAAAGCUAUCGUUAAUGGAAAAGGUGACAGGCUCCUUCGAUUUGUCGAUAGAGCUUUUGAAGAAGUAACCCAACUAGUGAACGAUUUGGGGAACAAGUACAAAAACAUCACCAGGGCGCAGUUCAUAGUAAAUCUGAGUGGGUAUAAUUUGGUAGAGCAUGGAUGUCUACGAUGCAUUCCUGCCAUUCUGAGGGCAGUGUUAUCCUACGAAGCUCAUUUCCCAGAGUAUGUCGAUCACCUCAUGAUUAUUAACACACCAACGAUUGCAGAACCGCUGCUAAAUGCGGUUCGUCCCUUGCUCGGUCCGUCGACGAGACGUUCUUUCAAGGUUUAUGGGAUAAAUAAGAAGACAAAUAUGGAAAUUUUAGACGGAAUUUUUGAGAAGGACCAAAUCCCAGUAAAUCUUGGUGGAAGGAAGAGAUACCGUGGGCAAUCGCUAGACUACGAUGACUACUAAUUUGUACAGAGUAUUUAGUUUUUUUAAUGUAAUGCAAGUAUGCACAAAGUUUGGUAUUGUUAUAAAUUUACUAUUUACUACAGUAUUCCUUCCUGGUCAGUAAUAAAUCAAUGUUUAAAAUUAAA